AGUCACAGAGACAGGGAGGUCGGUAUUGCGAGAGGGCACUGUGAUCAUCCAACCCCUUUAUGUGAAGCCUCUUCUAGGAGACUUAUCAUCUGACUCAGGAGCACUGAGUCUAUCUGGAGUCAAGAGUCCAUAGGCACUCAGAGUCAAAAUGGAGUCAUUCAGCUCUAAGGACAUGGCCAUGAAGGCCCAGAAGAAAAUCCUCAGCCACAUGGCCAGCAAAUCCAUGGUGCAGAUGUUAAUUGACGACACCAGCAGCGAAAUCCUAGACGAGUUCUACCGCAUCUCCAAGGAACACUCUGGAAACCGCACAGAGGCCCAGAAGGUGGUCAAGGACCUGGUAAAGGUGGUGGUAAAGGUGGGCGUUCUCUUUCGGCACAACCGCUUCAGUAAAGAGGAGCUCAGCCUGGCUCAGGACUUCAAGAAGAAGCUGCACCAGGGGGCCAUGACGGCAAUCAGCUUCCAGGAGGUGGAGUUCACAUUUGAUAAGGAUGUCAUGACGGCGCUUCUGACGGAUUGUAGGGACAUCCUGCUGAAGCUUGUGGAGAAACACCUGACACCCAAAUCCUUCGGGCGUAUUCGGCAUGUCUUCAACCACUACUCUGACCCAGACCUCCUGACCAACCUCUACACCCCCGGUGGCCCUCUCUGGCCCAGUCUCACAAAGAUCUGCAAUGGCCUUAACAAACUGGUUGAGGAAGGCAAGCUAUGAGUGGGAAUUCUGAACAGUGCUGGAAAAAUUAGAAACUGUGGCAAGCCUGUUAAAGAAUUCUGAUUUAAGUUUGCCCAGUGAAAAUACCAGGAGAUAUCAUCUUGGUAGCUUAAUGGGUACACUGACUCAGUGUCAGUUGAUGAUGUAGAUAUUGAUUUAUGUUGGGAUCUUUAUGAGGACAUGGAAUCAUCAUCCUUGCUUUACAACAUAAGCCAUCUGCAUUAGGGCUGGCCGAUAUAUUGUGUAUUUAUCAUUAUCACAAUAUGAAUGUGCAUGAUAUGCAUAGUCACAUUUCAGUAUCUCAGGAUAUUACCUCUACCUCUGCCUAAAUGCAUUUCAGUCGAAUGCUGUUGGAGCUAAGUAAAGUCCCUUCAAAUGUGACAUAUUAAAUUAAAAAAGCCUAAAAUCACCUAUGAAAUCCUCCAAAGAAAUUUCAAAAAAAUACAAACUACUUCUUUGUCAGGACUCCCUGCUUCCAGCACAAUAAGAAUGCAUCUGUGGUCUAAUUUCAAUUGAUUCGUCCUCCUGUUUUAAGAUAUUCCGUUUCCGGGGAAACUAAUGGACUUUAAUAGGACAACAGUCUGCCUGCCCAGUCACAGCAGUGGCUAACCUAAUUGAAGUACCAUUCAAAUUAAAAGUGGCUGUCUAGGACCAGCAGACAACAACCUCAAUUAGUGUCUGGGGCACAUCUAUGCAUGCAGCCUCAGUAUCUGCCUGAUCACUGACUGUUUGUUCCGCUUGUUACAAAGAUUUUCUGAGGCCAGCUAAUGGCAUUUCAUUUCUGAUACAUAUCUGAAGUCCUGCUGUACAGUCCUUUGCAAUGCAUGUGACGAUUGGAUGCAAUUUAUCUUUUGUUUACAGUUUUGCAAUCAUGGCCCAUUUUUGGAGAGAAGGUCAGAACCAGAAAAGGGUUUGCUAUUGACUACAAAGAUUCUAUUAGCUAUUUUACGUUUGUGUUAAGAUCGCACGAUGGGGUUGGGGGGCUAGCAGGUCAAAAGUUUGUGUACGCAACAUCUUAUAAACAAGUUUUUAGUAUUUCAACGGUAGCACUUAGUGGAUGUUGGGCAAUGAGAGAAGAAUUAGGCAAUAAUUGACCAUGAACCAUAACACUUUCCACAGGAGAAAUAGAACUACACAGCAAGUGAACUCUAAUGGCAUUCCAUACCCCUUUGCAAGCUAUCUGUUUUCUUUAACUGCCUUAGAUGAACACCAUUUGAAAGGGAAUAUCUGCAAUUAAUGGACUUACGGGCCAAAAUAUAGUAUGUAUCUAUCAGG